GCCGCCAUUUCCGCGAAGCAGGUGGCGCGGCCUGCAGUCAUGGCGCUGUUCCCGGCCUUCGCGGGCAUCAGCGAGGCCCCCGGGAGUGGGGGAGCCAGGAGAGAAUUAGACUGGCUGAGCAACCCAAGCUUCUGUGUGGGAUCCGUCACAUCGCUGAGCCAGCAGACUGGAGAGGCCACAACCCCUGCUUCUGAAGGAUCACCACUGGCGAGGAACCUUCUGAAGUCAGAGCUCGUGGAUGAGAGCUACACUAACAGAGAGCUUACGCAGAUAAAUAGGAAAAAGAAGAAGGAGAAAAAGAAAAGAAGGAAGCAUCAGCACCACAAGAAGACAAAGCGGAAGAGCGAGGAGUGGAGCAGCAGCGAGUCCCAGCCCGACUCGGACUCUGGGAAGGACAGACCCGCCAGGGCCAGCAGGGACGCUCAGAAGGAAGCCAAGACGCCCAAUCAAGGCAAUAAUGCUGCUGCCGAUACUGGACAUCGCUGUAUUUGGCUGGAAGAUAUUCAGACUCUGACAGGAGAAAUUUUCAGAACAGACAAGAAACCAGAUCCUGCCAACUGGGAGUAUAAGUCUCUCUACCGAGGGGAUAUAGCAAGAUACAAGAGGAAAGGAGACUCCUGCCUGGGCAUUAACCCUAAGAAGCAGUGCAUAUCCUGGGAAGGGGCUAGUGCAGUCAAGAAAUCCUCCCGUAAGCACCCGGAGCGCUAUUUUACGAAGAAGAACGUGGGGCUAAUGAACACCAGUGGAGUUGCUGUGAGUAGUAGAACGGAACCUCCUUCCUCGGAGUCAGUUGAGUUUAUCCCAGUGAAAGACUCAGACGACGUGGCCGCUCCUGUUACCACCUGGCUGAAUCCUCUGGGGAUUUAUGAUCAAUCAACGACACAGUGGUUACAAGGACAGGGUCCAGCUGAGCAGGAAUCAAAGCAGCCAGACUCACAGCCAGACGGAGAGAAUGCUGCGCUGAAAGCCAAAGUGGAGGAGUUCAACAGAAAGGUUCGGGAGAAUCCUUGUGACACUCAGCUGUGGAUGGCAUUUGUGGAUUUUCAGGACGAGGUCAUGAGGAGCCCGGGCCUGUGUGCCCUGGAGGAAGGGGAGCAGGAGAGGCGCAAGAAAUCCCUCAAGCUCCUCCUGGAGAAGAAGCUGGCCGUGCUGGAGCGUGCUAUCGAGAGCAACCCGAGCAGCGUGGACCUGAAGCUCGCCAAGCUGAGGCUGUGCGCCGAGUUCUGGGAGCCUUCCACACUGCUCAAGGAGUGGCAGAAACUCAUCUUCCUACACCCCAACAACACAGCCCUGUGGCAGAAGUACCUGUUAUUUUGCCAGAGUCAGUUCAGCACUUUCUCAAUAUCAAAGCUUCACAGUCUCUACGGCAAGUGCCUGAGCACUCUGUCUGCUGUUAAGGAUGGCAGCAUCCUCUCGCACCCUGCCUUGCCUGGCACAGAAGAGGCCAUGUUUGCUCUCUUUCUCCAGCAGUGCCACUUUCUGCGGCAAGCUGGCCAUUCGGAGAAGGCCAUCUCUUUGUUCCAGGCCAUGGUCGACUUCACCUUCUUCAAGCCUGACAGUGUGAAGGAGCUGCCUACUAAAGUACAGGUAGAAUUCUUUGAACCCUUUUGGGACAGUGGAGAACCCCGGGCUGGGGAGAAGGGAGCCCGGGGCUGGCGGGCAUGGAUGCACCAGCAGGAGCGUGGUGGCUGGGUGGUCGUCAACCCAGAUGAGGAAGACGAUGAGCCAGAAGAGGAAGAACAGGAGAUAAAAGACAAGACUCUGCCCAGAUGGCAGAUCUGGCUUACUGCGGAACGUUCCCGAGACCAGAGGCAUUGGCGGCCCUGGCGCCCUGAUAAGACUAAGAAGCAGACUGAGGAAGACUGUGAGGACCCUGAGAGACAGGUUUUGUUUGACGAUAUUGGGCAGUCUCUGAUCAGACUCUCUAGCCAAGAUCUUCAGUUCCAGCUCGUCGAAGCCUUCCUGCAGUUCCUGGGUGUGCCUUCUGGCUUCAUCCCUCCCUCCACCUGCCUUUACCUGACCAUGGACGAGAGUAGCAUCUUUGAUAGUGGACUUUGCGAUGAAAAGCCCUUGACUUACUUCAACCCCUCAUGCUUGGGCAUCAGCUGCGUUGGCCACAUGGACCAGUUGGGCUGUCCUCGCUGGACCAAGGGUCACAAUCGCGAGGGCGAGGAGUUUGUUUGCAACAUCUUCCACCUUGUGCUGCCUUUGUUCUCAGGCAAGCAGAAGUCUCAGCUCUGCUUCUCCUGGUUGCGGUACGAGAUUGCCAAGGUCAUUUGGUGUCUACACACCAAAAACAAGAAGAGAUUAAAGUCACAGGGAAAGAACUGCAAAAAACUAGCUAAAAAUCUCCUUAAGGAGCCAGAAAACCGCAACAACUUCUGCCUCUGGAAGCAGUAUGCACACCUGGAGUGGUUGCUUGGCAACAUAGAGGAUGCCAGAAAAGUGUUUGACACCGCACUCAGUAUGGCCGGCAGCAGUGAGCUGAAGGACCGGGAACUCUGUGAGCUCAGUUUGCUCUAUGCUGAGCUAGAGGUGGAACUGUCACCGGACUCGAGAGGGACCCGAGCUGUUCACAUAUUAACCCGGCUGACUGAGAGCAGUCCCUAUGGACCCUAUUCUGGGCAGGUCUUGGGCAUUCACAUUUUGAAAGCUCGAAAGGCUUAUGAGCAUGCGCUGCAGGACUGCCUAGGUGACAGUCCUGUCUCUGACCCAGCUCCCGCUGAUUCCCUGGACUGCCUGAGUAGCUUGGUCAAAUGCUUCAUGCUCUUCCAAUACCUGACAGUGGGGAUCGAUGGUGCAGUGCAGGUAUAUGGGCAGGUAUUUGCCAAGCUGAAGGACUCUACUUCCCCAGAAGGCUCUGGCCUGCAUGGCGGUGCCAACUCCCAGACCUUGACCAGUGUUCUUGAAACUAUUACCCUUAUGCACACAAGUCUGUUGAGAUUUCACAUGAAAGUUAGCAUGUGCCCCUUGACUCCACUCCGAGAGACACUCUCAGAGGCUUUAAAACUGUAUCCAGCCAACCAGGUUCUUUGGAGGUUAUAUGUACAGAUUCAGAAUAAGUCCCACAGUGCUAGCAAGACCAGAAGAUUUUUUGAUGCAGUCACCAGGUCUGCUAAACCCUUGGAACCUUGGCUAUUUGCAAUCGAAGCUGAGAAAAUGAGGAAAAGAUUGGUAGAAGCUGUUCAGAGGGUAGCUGGGAGAGAGAUCCACGCCACCAUCCCUGAGACUGGCCUUACACAUCGGAUCCGAGCCCUGUUUGAAAACGCAGUUCGAACUGAGCAGGGAAGCCAGUGCCCCUUACUGUGGAGGAUGUAUUUGAACUUUCUGGUUUCCUUGGGAAACAAAGAAAGAAGCAAAGGUGUGUUCUACAAAGCACUUCAGAACUGUCCCUGGGCAAAGGCGCUCUACAUGGAUGCUGUGCAGUACUUCCCAGACGAACUGCAGGAGGUCCUGGAUCUGAUGACAGAGAAGGAGCUCCGUGUGCGCAUGCCCCUGGAAGAGCUGGAGCUCCUGCUGGAGGACUAGUGAUGGGGGGGCUGCACCUGCCCGAGGAGAGGAGCCAAGCUGAGGAGAGUGCCCUGGCUGCAGGAGGGGGUCUGCAUUGGGUCUGGUUGUCAGUCCCACCCAUUAGGCACAGGCCUUGGGUGGAUUGUUUUACAUAUUAUAUAUGUGACUUUGUACAGAUCAUUUCAUUCCAGUGGUAAUGAAACCAUUGUUGUUAAGUG